CCCUGAAGGCAGCACGAGCCGAACGACGUCAUCACCAGGAAGAAGGAAGUGUUUCUCCAAGACUACAGCUAGGAGUGGACUUUAGUGGCUGUUUGGAGUCGAUAAAGCACUGAUGGCAGUGGACUGGAUUGGCUUUGGCUAUGCAGCAGCUAUCUUGUUUGGAGGAUUUAUGGGCUACAAGAGAAAAGGAAGUGUGAUGUCUCUGAUGGCUGGUUUAAUUUUUGGCGGGUUAUCUGCUUACGGCGCCUACAACAUCUCUAAAAACACAAGUGACAUAAAGAUUUCAUUCCUUACCGCGGGGAUCCUCUCACUUGUGAUGGGAAUGAGAUUCAGGAACUCGGGGAAAUUAAUGCCUGCUGGCAUUGUGGCAGGCCUGAGUUUAUUGAUGGUGUUUCGACUGCUGCUUCUGACCAUGAUGUGACGGAAGAAACCAUUUCGACUGGAGCCUCUCAAAGAACAGACCUUGUUUUAAAGGAAGCAACAUUCCAUUAGAGCUUGAAAACAAGUCUUCUCUGUGGGGACCAUAAAUCCUUCAGAAGCUUUCUGUUAAUGCUGUGUAAUUCAGCCCAGUCUGUGCAGAAAUGUUGGUCUGUUAAUUGUAGAUUUUACUAAAAUAUUCGCGGACAGGCAGGAUAGUUCCUCAGAUUUAGACUCCGAAUACUACAAGCUCCUCAGAUGACAAUAAGCUGAAAUGUUCAUUAAAAAACUGGGACAAGGUUAAAAGAGGUAAACAAGUAUUUUGGGUGGAGUCAUACGUUCGAAUAAGCACUGAGAUUAUCAUGUUUAAAAUAGUGGUUUUUGCAGUAAAACUAAAUCAUUGUCAAAAUGUCACUUGUCUUUUGAGUGUCUCUCAAGAACUAUAAGCACUAAGAGUGCAUUCCUCCACAAAAAUCCCCACUUUCACUUA